CUGAUUAUAAUAUCUCAUAAUGAAUAUGCCGUGGCAGAAUUCAAUAUCUUCGUGAUUCGCGGCUAAGAAAAUUCAUUCGACUGAGUUUACUAUCUCACGGCCUCGACAAGGUUGACGUUGAUUAAUGACAACGCUCACUUCCUCUGCGAGGGGCAUUAUUAUUCAGUGGGAAGUCAUCAAAAUACAAUUACUUCGUAGGAAACUGUUUGCUUUGAGUAUUGGAUUGUUAAAUGUUAUGUUGGCAUCAAAUCGACAACAACUCGAAUUUCAACACCUGAAAUCGUCGAAAAUAAUGCUUUAACGUCGUGCCGGAAGCCAGCGGGAUCAUCAAGUCGGUAUUUGAGUAAAAUUAUCGUGUAAUAUAUAUAUUUAUAUAAUCAUACAACUGAAUACGACUACAAUCUGUACAAUGGUGUCUGCCUGGACUGUUGUCGAAGCUAUCUGCCUUGUGUGCGUCUUUAUCGGAGCUUUGUCUGGGAAUAUGGCGUUAUUCUUAAUCGUGGCAAAAGUACGAACUCUCCAAACGAAGGGGAAUGUAUUUAUACUGAACCUUGCUGCAGCGGAUUUAAUGGUAUCACUCGUUAAUCUACCUAUAACUAUUGUGACUGUGAUCGCAGAAGACUGGAUACUCGGAAACACAGUUUGUCUAAUAUCCGGCUUUAUAACUCUGCUAACUUUCGUCGCUUCGUGCAUGGCAUUAUCCAUGAUUAGCAUCAAUCGGUAUCAUGCCAUAGUUCACUGGACGACAUACGAGAGCACCUACACACGUCGAAAGUGUGCAUUGUAUGUCUUUAUAACAUGGACCAUAACAAUUAUGCUAUCUCUGCCACCGUUUUUUGGCUGGGCAAGUUUCGAAUACGAUCAUGGGCAAAGUUAUUGUUUUGCGGAAUGGAGAGUGAGCAAAUCGUAUACAAUAUUCAUGAUCGCAGCUUGCCUAAUGGGACCAUUGACGGUCAUGAGUUAUUGCUAUAUCAAAAUCAUUCGUUACCAUAGAGAAAGUGAAAGGGACGUUAUCAGAGCGUCGAUGACCACAACAGCAUCGACCUCGACAACUUUCAGAAUCACUCCUGAUUUCGAAAGACGUCCAAGUAAAAAACGUCUGACCAAAACAAUCGUCACAUUAAUUGUUGUGUUCGGAAUUUGUUGGUCGCCAUUUGCACUUAUCAUGAUAGUCCAGGUGUUCUCGAGUGCAUACGUGCCACGCGCGGUUGACUUUGGCUCCCUUGUCUUGGGUUAUCUCAACAGUUUUUUCAACGUGAUUGUGUACAACGUUACGAACAAAAAAAUCCGAAAGGAAUUCAGAAACUUAUUUUACUCUGUCCUGUUAUCGAAAACGAAAGACAGUGUUGAUAGGUCGAGAUCGUGCAGUAUGAGCGCAUCAACUGGGAAUUAUAUAUAGAUCAGAUUAGCACACAAGCAGUAAUUGCUGUGUAUAUUACUUCACAAAUAUUUAAAAAAAAAUGCUCGUAGGGGGCUUUCUUUUUAGCAGCAAAAAUGGUCAAACCGAUAAUAUUAUGAAAUCAAAUAGAGUAUUUCGUUAGUUAUAAAUGUUAUUUUUCGUGUUUGGCUGAUGUCAAUAAACGCUAUACUUGAUUGCAGAGAUGUUGAAACACUCCAAAUUCAAGAAAUCUGUUUUUUCUGAAAUUCAACACGACCUGCCUGGCCAUUUUUACCGCGCAUAAAGAACAGUGUAUUUCGCAAUUCUGAAGCCAAAAGAACGCUUUCUUCAGCAAACAAAUGGCUAUAUAGCCGUAAGGGCACAUAAGGAACUUGCCCUUAAUUAGUAGAAAUAAAUGUUUAUUUCAAAAUACUGGUCGUAGUGGAUAAUAGUCUGUACUGAGUUAAUGUAUUUUUAACACCACGUUUUAACAGCAGGCAAUAGAGACCAAGGUUUCUGGUUAAAAUCUUGGGCAUAACCCGUUGAGAAAUCUGAAGAAAAUUUCAGUUGCACCUUAUAAUAGAAAAUUUACGAGUGAGAACAUUUGAAAUAACGCUUACAAUUUGGAAUUUAAUUUCUGUCUCUAUUUC